AUGGAGGUUCCUAAGCCGCCUGCCAAACGUCGCAAAAUCACAUCGAAUGCAGGUCACAGACCAGUAACCAGAGCCAGCCUUGCACGCGCCCAACAAGAUAACUCCGCACUACCUGCCUACACCUAUCGAGCUCUCAAAGAAGAAGACGAAAUACGUAUAUUCAAGGUUGAGAAGACAGGACCAAGCGAAUGGCGGUACAACAUCGAACAUACAACAUUGAGAAACGCACCACCCUUCGAAACCGUCUCGUAUGUCUGGGGGCCGGAUACGCGCCGCAAUAUCCUACGUCUGCAAGAUAAUCGGACGAUACGCAUCAACGACAACCUUGCCCAAGCCCUUCCUUAUCUCUCGGCAGAAUGCAAGACUGGACAUCUGUGGAUCGACCAAAUCAACAUCAAUCAGUCCAGCACGCACGAGCGCAACCAUCAGGUCAGGAUCAUGGGCAAGAUCUACAAGAAGGGUAAAAGGGUCAUCGCUUGGUUGGGCAAAGAGGAAGAACCUAGCAAACAGCUACUUGCUCUCGUUGAGGUAGCGCGCUCUUCACUUGAACUGGGAGAGAGUUCCUCUCUCAUUAGAGAGAAAAUUGAGAGUGAACUCCUCAAGUUGUGCCCUAGAGACCUCUUAGUGAUUACUCGAGUUCUCGGAAGUCAAUGGUUUUCGCGCGCAUGGGUUUUCCAGGAAAUCGUGCUUUCAAAGCAUGCGGCCUUCCUGUUCGGAGACGUUGUCGUACCCUUCUUGGCACUUGUGUGGAUAUGCAAAGUAUCUGCUACCCCUCAGAUACGUAUAGGUGCACAGCACUGCCAGAUCAGCUCUUCCAACCCUGUUGAGGAUCCUACUCAGCUAGCUUCCCAUCUUGAAAUGGUGUCGACACAAAGCUACCGCACACUGUCCGUAAUGCAUCACAGCUGGUAUGCUGUAUCUUGUGGUCAUGACUACGAUCGGCCUUUCACCUGGAGGCUUUCGAGAAUCAGCCCACUUCUGCAGACAGCAGACUUGAAAGACUCCGUGUAUGCAUUCCUAGGUUUACAGACAUCAAGACAUACACGCAUUCACGCUGAUUACAAUUUGUCUUAUGAGGGGACCCUCAUCAAGGCUGCGACAACGAUCAUCCGGGAUAUGCAAUCCUUGGAGAUUCUAUCAUACUGCGAACGAGAAAGUGGAUCAUACCUAUCCAAGCGUUUGCCAUCCUGGGUCCCUGAAUGGAAAGCACCGAUCUCGGCACCGCUUCUUGUGCGGGAUUAUAAUUCAAGAUACAUUCUGCCGUUAAUGCAAUCAUACCUUAUGCCGUGCGAUAUCGAGGAACCGCGAAAGUUCGAUGAAUUGAAGGUCAGAGGAGUGCGCCUUGAUACCAUAAGCACAUGUUUUGCGCCCGAAUAUCGGUUUCGCGCCAAGAAUUGGUACGAAGAAGAUCUUGAAGAAUAUCUUGCGCUCGAUGAACGGAGGGAUCUUGUACAGAGAUACGCAAUUUGCUCCCGCGAGCGUCUUUUGGGUGUCCUUUUAACUCGACCCUACUGCCCUGAUAUCGAUUUCAAGGACUUCCAUGGCACUUCAGAAGACUACAGCACUAUGGAACUCUUAAAAGAAUACGACGAAUAUCGAGACACACAUGACAAGAUCCAGGGGGUAAGAGGGAACAAGAACCUGGGCGACCAGCUAAAGGCGACAUGA